AUGGCAUCUGAUAUGGAAGAAAAAUUUAGAGAAGCUUUUAUUCUCUUCAGCUCAUGCAGUGACCAUAUUGAGAUGCAUAAUUUUUUGGAAUUAAUGAAUUCAUUUGGAAUUAUCUUAACAAAUGAUGAAAAGGCAGCCUUACCAAACGAUAUUAACAUGGAUUACUGGUUAAACUUUGCUAAGAAACAUUACAACUAUGAACAACCAUUUAAACAUAUUAAUAAUGUGAAUGAGCAAAAUACAAAUGUUCAAAUUAAAAUUGAUAACUUCCUUGGGAUUAUGAAAGCUUUAGAUACCAGAUUGACUGAGAGCGAUUUAAAUAUCUUAUUACAAAUAACUAAUCCAGAAAAUAAAUCAACCUUAAACCUUAAGACAGUAUCACAAAAAUUAACGGAAUCGAUAUAA